AUGCGAUAUCAGAAAAUAGUCCCAUUAGGAAUUUUAUGGCUCAAAUUAAAUCUUUGUAUUGUUUAGAAUUAAUAAUCUAAGAGGUUGAAAUUUAAUUAAGAGUAAAUUGAAACUCUAUCACUUUUUCAUUCAAGUCUUAUUUUGAAAUACAUGUUAUUUCUUAUUCGAGUGUGCUUUAUUUAUGAAUCGGUUUAAAAUAAAUAUAUAUAGAAUGUCAGUCUAAAGGAAACAAUUAAGUAAUAGAAAAAGCUAAGUAAGUAGUAAAUCUACCUAAGGUAAUGCUGUAAGAUUCAAAUAUUUUUUGUUCUAUAAAAAAUUUUAAGUCAACACAGUUUCAACAAGUAAAAGAAAUUAAUGAAAAUAAUUGUAAUAAUGUAAGCAGAGGAAAAGUAAAUUUAUUUACCAGAUAAUUGA